AUAAACUGUGUUCCUGACCAAUCAGAAUCGAGAAGGCACAUUUCACACCUUACUCAAUAUCGCAUCUGAUUUCUGACCGCACGUGCGAACGACAUGUGUCGAAAGAAACCUAACUUCCGAUUCAUCGCGUCGCCCUCAUUUCUUAUCACGCCCCGCUUUUGCAUUGCUCAAUAUUGUUUUUGUUUAAAUGUCAGUUUUUUUUUUUGUGCUCAAAUUGCUUCCUGUACACCAGCACCUCUUGCCACAUCCUUUCAUGCGUUUCAGAGCAUUAGCACAUUUCCUGGGUCUUGUUUCCUCACGUCCCGAGUCUGUCCAUCUCCAUUGAGCCAUGGUGAGCUACUGCCCCAUCUGCGGGAAGCCCGUCUACUUCGGUGAGAAGAAGAGGUCGCUCGGUAGGGAUUAUCACCCACUGUGUUUGAAGUGCCACAGGUGUAAAAGGCAGCUAACGCCUGGUCAACAUGCAGAGCAUGAUGAGAAGCCCUACUGCACUAACUGCUACUUGAGAGAUUUUGGGCCUAGAGGAACCAGAGCACCUGUGCCUCGUGCCCGUAGCACUGCAACCUCCUAAGAGCACACUCAACUCCAGCCAUGUUACCGAAUGCUACCAUCCUAUUUUUAUCUGCUUCUUCAUUUGUUAGAUCAUCUAAUGGUACCUUCAACUCCAACUGCUAGAUCUUCAACUACUAUGAAGUUCUCCAAAUCCAAAUGGGAGAAUUUCAAGUAAUGCUUCUCAAAAUCCAACUGGAGGAUUUCCAACUUCACCUGUUACAUUCCCUCCCUCACCUGCUGUCUCUUCGUCCUUUAUGUCCAUCUCAAUUGGCUACAUCUAAAUAAUCUCCACAUUUAAUCUCAAUCCCCAACAUCUUCAGUUGUCAGAUCUCCACCUAGACCUUCAUGUCCAACUGCUUCAUCUGCUUCAUCUUCUAGAGCUCCAGCAAUAUCUCCAUCUCCAAUUGCUAGACCUCAAACUGCUAAAUCUACUUCUCCAACUGCUUGAUCUCCAACCGCUGGAUCUUCAUCUACAGUUGUGAGUUCUCCCAGAUCUGCUUGAUCUCCAUGUCUACUGGCUCAACCUACUUCAUAUUAUAGAUCUUCAACAGAUAGAUCCUCACUGACAACAGUUUUGUCCAGAAUCCUAUUUUACGCUUUGGCUAGUUCUUCAUCUUCAAAUGAUAGAUGUCCAUCAAACAACUGCCAAACGUAAUCCAAUGUAAUUUGAUGAUUAGAUUUCUAUUAGAUUUCUGGAAGACCUACCACUCAAACGACACUGACUACUUUAUUCCCAAGUAAAUCUUCUAGAUCUCCACACCCGAGGACAAGUUCUCCACCUUCUCCAUCAAAACAAUAGCCAAAGCUCCAUCUGUAAUACCUUCAUCAACAAUAGAUCCACAAGACGUACAAACACAGAUCUUCAUCUUCAGCUACUAGUUCUUCAUUUUCAUCUCUCUGUCACCUGCUUCCUCAAACUUCAGCUCUGGUAGACAGAAGACCAGGUCCAUGAUGACUGCCACAGACUUUGUUCCUCAUCCAACCCCCUACCCUUAUUUUGUAAACCCUCACUCCUCCAAUGUUGGACAGUGUUCAAACAUGUCCACAAGAGAAUAUAUGCAACAUUAAACAAAAUUUGCUUUAAGGGCGUCUGUGCGGCAAAUCCAGUUUUUGGCUUCAGACGCUCCAUCAGAUGGUUUCAGUUUGGCCUACGGAACCUAGGCACACGAUUCGUUAAUCGAUUAUUUCAAAAUACGCUGUGACCUUUCUGUCUGCCAUCAAUGUGUUUUAUCUUCCGUGCAGACCUCUGCACUUCAUUUAGGCAAAUUAUUAAUACAAAGUCAAGCCAAAAAAAAAAAAAAAAAACAUGAGGACAAUGAUGUUUAUUGUGGAUUUUAAAACUUGAGCUAAAGCUGAUGUCCCAAACGGACAAGAUUUUUGUUUACGUGUAUUUUUUUUUUUAAGAAACUGGAAACGAUUACAAUUGUGAAAAAGAAUUUGCCACUCUGUGUGUGUGUGUGUGUGUGUGUGUGUGUGUGUGUGUGUCUGUGUGUCUGUGUGUGUGUGUGUGUGUGUGUUGUUUUGCCAUAUUAAACAUUACUAUUUUAACAUCGAAA